AUUUGGCUUGUGGUGACUCUUUUAGUAGUAAUUUUCGUCGCUCGUGGCCUCUUGUGUUUUUUAUGUUUUUAGUUUGACUCGUGGUCGGCUCGUAUGUGACUUUUGUGUUUUUCCGACAUUGGGACAGCGAUGAUUUGUGACGAGGUUAAAAGCAGCGAACGCAAUUUUUCUUCUAUAAAAUUUCGAUCAUAAAGGGGACACAAAGAACAUAUAUUUGAUUUAUUCACUUCGUUAUCGCUGGAAAAGCUGGAGAGGAAGCAAUCGGUAAAUUCUCAAAUAAAGCCCCGGGAAAAUUACUUAAAUUACUUUUUUCGUUGCCGUUAAUUUAAGUUGUAAACAAACAAAAUGGCGGACGAAGACAGCGGUGAGAUUCAACUCACAGAAAAUAUCGACCAAGCUAUAAUUGAACAAGUGAGAGAUAUCGAAAAACAAAUUGCAGGAGCAUUCCCACUUGUUACAGAAAAAGAAAACAUUGUUGUUCUCGGUAAGGAUUACUCUGAUGACGAUAAGAUUUACCAAGCAAAACUAAAGGAUCUAUAUUCCAGAUACACGUACCUCAGGAAAACAAGAGGUGAUGGAAACUGCUUUUUCAGAUCUUAUGGUUUUCGAACGUUGGAAGAAUGUUUGUCAAAUGCAGAAACUUUAAACAAAUUUAUAGAGAAGUCUACAAAUAUCAAGGACAGUUUGAUUCAGAUUGGCUACCCGGCUUACACUGUGGAGGAUUUCUAUGAAGUCGUGAUGGAUAUUGUGAAUAUAGCGAAAGAGAAUGGAACUCUAGACGAUAUAAUCCAGGUUUUUAAUGAUCAAGGGCAUUCUGACUAUUUUGUCGUAUUUCUCCGUCUUAUGGUUUCCUGUUAUCUCCAACAAAACGAAGCAUUUUAUUCCGCCUUUAUUGAAGGACACACUACAAUGAAAGAUUUUUGUAGUCAGGAAGUAGAACCGAUGGCGAAAGAAAGCGACCACAUUCACAUCAUCGCUCUCACGAGUGUACUUGAAACGACCGUUCAGGUGGAAUACAUGGAUAGAGGAGGUGAUGAAGAAAAAGUCAACUAUCAUCGCUUCCCUGAUGAUGGUACAACUCCUACUAUAUAUCUGUUGUACAGACCUGGACAUUAUGACAUAUUGUACCCACGUGACUCCUCUGACACGUGAUCAAUUAUUAUUAAAUAUAUUUUUCUCUUUUUUUGACAUUGUAUCACAUGUAAUUUAAUGAUACUGUAAUUUUAUUGGACUUUUUUAGAAUAUAAAUAACUUGAAACGA